AUGAGAGUGUUGCGAGUGUUUGUUUUUUUAUUUUUUUUCGGCACGAUAGCAUGUGCAAAAGAUUUCCGCCAGGAGGCGAGGGGGAGGCGGAAAUCCCGCGCCGAGACGCUCGAAAACCUCUUCAAUGUUUACGAUCCGACCUUUUUGUCGUAUGUGUGGCCGAAGAUAAGGAAUGGAGUGCACUUGACCACCAGCCGCCCUUGCUGGGAUGACCUGAGCCUGUUCUUCAGAGACCUAGCGGAGGGCCACGCGUGGGCUUAUAGGACGGCGGACGCGUGCGGGCGGUACGGCGCGGGCGCGCUCGCCGGCCGCAGCUUCUGGCUUGGCGACCGUGGCCAAUGCCUGCUACUGGACGCUAACCACUCACCGCCGAGCGCCAACAACACGUGGGGCGAGUUCUACAGCGGCGACUACGUCAGCGCGCUGCUGAGGCGAGAGAGCGAGGGACCCAUGGACAGCUGGUCGCUGGCGGAGCACGAGGCGCUGGUGCGGCGGCUGUCGGAGCAGGACAACACGUCACCCGUCCCGCUCUCGUACGUCGUCCUCAAGGUCGCGAUCAACAUCACCAAGUUCGCUAUCGCCAAGUCCCACGACAUAACUCUCGGUCUGUGCGUGCCGCGGUCCUGCGGCGCGGACGACAUCCUCGCGCUCGUCAACUUCUCCUUGACACUUGACACGCUGCGCGCCAACACCUCAGUCCCUCGCCAGCUGCGUGUCACAGCCCUCCGUCACGUCCAGGGGGCAUACCACCUGGGGGCUGACGUGGGAGCGGUAGUACUGAUACUCAUCACGGCUCUGCUGGUUACUUCGUCGGUGAUAGCGACUAUCGUGGAUUUGGAGGUUAUUAAGUUCACCAAGAAAUCCGUCAGCUUCGACGUCGAGCAGUAUGAGGGGAGGAAGCCGGAGAAAAAGGUGAGGGUGGCGAAGGAUCUUCGCGACUUGGACCUGCAGCUGAAGCCUCCGAGUGUUACGCUGGACGUAGCGAACGUGGAGGGCAUCAUCGGUAGCUGCUCGCGCUGCGGCAAAUACAAGCGCCAGUGCCCGAUGUCCAAGCCGAACUUGGCCGUCCCUGCCAAGCCGACAGUCCCCUGCCCGAGAGUCAAGUACAACUCCUGCGCCAGCCUCGCGACAGACUACAAGCAGCAUGUCGGAGCUUUCAAGAGCUUGCUCCUAAGCUUUUCCCUAAAGCACAGCUGGCUGAAGCUCUUCAAUACGUCCAUGGCUAACAAGGACCUGUCAGUCGUCCAUGGAUUGAAAAUCGUUGCUACCUUGUGGAUCAUUUUCGUUCAUGUGGCGGUGCUCGUCAGCAGUCUAUCAGAUACCGCGCACACUUUCGAGGAGCCAAACAAUGUGUACUUCAUAGUGCUCACUGGGACACUCGCUUUUGACACGCUGUUUUUUGCUAGUGGCCUGUUCAGCGGUCACCACUUCUUCUACCUGAAGAGCCGGUACUCGGUGGAGGAGCUGGUGACGUUCGGCGGCGCCUGCGGCCAGGCACUGCAGUUGCUCUGCUUCAUCACAAACAGGGCUAUACGACUGCUCCCAUCCUACGCCUAUGUGCUGUUUCUGACGGCCGUGUUGUCUCGUGUGACGCGCGACACCGCCGCGCUGGCGCCGCCCGAGCCCGACGCGCGCGCCUGCGCAGACCACUGGUGGCGCAACGUCCUCUACAUCACCAACGCGUACCCUAAUGAGGAGCAGUGCAUGCAGGUGUCGUGGUACCUGUCGCUGGAGACGCAGCUGCACGUUUGCGGCGCGCUGCUGUGCCUGCUGCUGACGUCGCCGCGCCGCCGCGUCGCCGCCGCGCUGGCGGUCGCGCUCGUCGUGUCGGCCGCCGUCUACGACCUGACUGACUCGUAUACGGACUUUAAUCAACGCGUUACGGAGUCGUUCUCGGCGUACGCGCUGUUCAUCAACCGGCCGUGGUCGCGCGUGGCGCCGUACUUCGUGGGCGUGCUCGCCGCCUGGAUUCUGCACCAGCUGGAGGGGACACUCAACAUCUGCAAGACAACGUCCUACUCCCUGUGGUUCGCGAGCGGGCUGUCACUGGCGACGGGCGCGGGUCUGGCGGCGGCGGCGGCGGCGCCGUGGCUGUCGGCGUGGCCGCACCUGCUGUGGCCGCUCGGCCUGCUGUGGCCGGCCGUGGUGUGCGCUACACAGUACGCUGCUUCAACGCGUCGUCUGCUGGAGCACGGUUGGGCGGCGGGGCUGAGCCGCGCGUGCUACGGCGCGCUGCUCCUGCACGGUGUCGCCGCGCGCGCGCCGCUGCUAGCUACCGACAGCGCGUUAUGCUCCUCCACGCUGUGUAUCUGGUGGUACUUCGCUGGUACGAUUCUACUGACACUAGUGGCAGCCGCCUGCCUCUGCCUGCUCGUCGAGAUGCCCAUCUGCUCGUUGCUGCGGAGAAUAUCUGACUACUCCUACCGAUAAGGCAACAUCAGCUGUAAUGCGUUAAUUAUAGAGUUUAAUUUUCAUUGUAUUAAAAGUCUAGAGAUGGUAGAAUAAAUAUAGCUGCGUUUCCACAGAUGUGUUGCAAGGAAUGUGUUUUUGAGAACCAACAGAAUCGCUUUAUUGACGUCGCUCAGCGCGGCAAUGCUAUUGGAUCUUUAAAACACAUUCCUCGCAACACAUCUUUGGUGGAAACGCAG